AUUAUCCUGUCCUUUCAACAAUAACCUCGAAGAUUCCAUUUUCAUAAACUGCCUUUCAACAAAUCAUACCUGAUGAAAAUUGCUUUAAGUGGUUAAUACCAAUAAGCAAGACCGAGCAAACCUCGCUUAUCUAUAUAUCCCCCCGCUACACCAUGGAGCAUUCCGUGAGAUCAGUUUCGGAGGGUCAAUUUGCUGGAGAAUGGCCUGCGUCGAGUAUUGGCAAUCGACGCAGCUCUAUAAGGAGCAGGUUGUCUGGUAUCCCAGUUAAUUGUAAUUCUGGUGGUGCUGACACUUUAUAGCGUUAGCCUUGUGUCAGACGUAGAGAUGGCUCGCAAUGAGGUUUUUGAUGGACCUAUUUCGGAGAGUAUUCCAUCUAGCAGUGUCUCAUUUAUCCAUCGUCGAGGCCGGCAAGACUCGACAGGUAGUUUGACUUAUUUGCAAAAUGAGGAUGAUUCCAUUGAGUGGCCAACGGAAGAUGCUAUGGAAGUCGAAGGUGAUAUUACUCGAGAAUCUGCAGAUAGUCUUGCUGGCCCGAGCCUAGAGAGUGCCAGACCUUCAUUUGGGUCCAAGAGAUUAUCUUACCCCAGUGGCUCCCUAGAAGAGCCUCUUCUCCCUCGAGGGUUUUCUACCAAUUUGUAUACCGGGGAUCACAAGACAGGUAGCAGAUGCGACCAAAAGAUAUACAUCGAGUCCGAAGAUUUGACUGCUGUCUUCUCUGGCUUCUGUACCAGUACCGGAGGUUUAAUUCUUUAUGCGAGCCUAUGUAUUGUGACUUUCGGCCUCGGGUAUCUCUUUUUAAGGUGGUUUCCGAAAUGGCGGACACGACUUAUUGGGAGGCCGACCCCAUUCUGGAAAUGCCAAUGGAUUGCAAUCGAGGAUCAAUGGAACGGUUACACUCUCCAUACGGUUUCUAGCCAGAAUUACGGACGCCCAAUUUCCACGGUCUUCCCGGUAUCGCGGAGACACUUUACACAUUACGACGAAGAUAAUGAUCCGGUCAUUACAUGCUUGCGGCAUGUUGAUUAUAGAUAUCUACGGUUUUUUUAUCAUCCACUGGAAGACAGACUCUUUCUGAUAAGUGGGUGGAAAGACUCAUUAUGGACAAAUACGAAGGUUAUGCGAGGAGGAUUAGACGCCGAUGAUCGCGAUAGCCGUGAACGCAUUUUCGGUAAAAAUCUUAUUGACAUCAAACAGAAGUCAGUACCUCAACUUCUUGCUGAUGAGGCUUUCCAUCCUUUCUAUAUUUUCCAAAUUGCCAGUCUCGUUCUUUGGUCGUUGGAUGAGUAUUACUAUUAUGCUGUCUGCAUAUUCCUCAUUUCAGUCUUUAGUAUUGGCGCUACUCUAAUUGAGACUAGAUCAACAAUGCAACGACUAAGAGAGAUAUCACACUUUGAAUGUUUCGUUCGUGUUCUUCGGAAUGGAUUUUGGCGAUCUGUUCCUUCCCAAGAGCUAGUUCCUGGUGAUGUCUUCGAAUUCUCUGAUCCCUCGUUAACUCAGGUUCCUUGUGACUGCUUAUUGCUAUCAGGGGAUUGUAUUGUGAAUGAAAGCAUGCUCACAGGUGAAUCUGUUCCUGUGUCAAAGGUGCCUUUGACAGAUGAUGCUCUGGGAUAUCUUAACCUUGAUGAACCCUCAAUUCAUCCUAAUGUUGCAAAACAUUUCCUUUUCGGCGGAACCAAAAUUAUCCGUUCCCGGCGACCACAGGAUGUCGGUGAUGAUGAAGCUAUUGCAUUAGCGAUAGUCGUGAGAACGGGCUUUUUAACAACCAAAGGGGCUUUAGUUCGCUCAAUGAUAUUGCCGAAACCAACUGGUUUCAGGUUUUAUCGGGACUCGUUUCGCUAUAUAUCCGUAAUGGGCGCAAUUGCUGUUCUAGGUUUCGUGGCGUCGUUUGUCAACUUCGUUCGGCUAGGACUCCCGUGGCACAUUAUUAUCGUCAGAGCUCUUGACUUGAUCACGAUCGUUGUGCCGCCGGCUUUACCAGCGACGUUGACCAUUGGCACGAACUUUGCACUGUCACGACUCAAAAGCAGACAAAUAUUUUGCAUUACACCACAGAAGGUUAAUGUGGGCGGCAAACUAGAUGUUGUGUGCUUUGAUAAGACAGGAACUCUAACAGAGGAUGGCUUGGAUGUACUUGGAGUACGAACUAUAGGGCGUGAUAUGAGGUUCUCCGAUCUCGUGUCAAGGCCUUCCGUUGCGGCUAGUGAUAUUUCCGUGGACCCAAAUUACGAUUAUGAGAAGCAUAAAAACAUCGUAUAUACCAUGGCAACGUGUCAUUCCUUGAAAGUCGUCGAUAAUGAGCUCUUGGGUGACCCUCUUGAUGUGAAGAUGUUCCAGUUCACAGGCUGGUCAUAUCAGGAGGGGGAAAGUCGUACUCUCGAGCAAAAUAUCAAGUAUGAUACCAUAGUACCGUCAGUUGCAAAACCACCUUAUCAUAUUAGCAACUGUGGACAGUGCAAUACACAUGCUGGAUUGGAGCUUGGAAUCCUACGGAGCUUUGAGUUUAUCCCUGAACUGCGCCGUGCAAGUGUCAUUGCUAAACAAUUUGGUGAUGGGGGGGUCAGCUUCUUUGUUAAGGGGGCACCUGAAAGUGUGAGGGCUAUAUGCCUGCCAGAAAGCUUACCACUUGACUUUGAAGAAGUCUUGAGUCAAUACACACAUAAAGGUUAUCGUGUCAUAGCUUGCGCCAUGAAAUAUAAGCAGAAACUAAAUUGGAUGAAGGUGCAAAAGAUGAGCCGUGAAGAAGCUGAAUGUGGUUUGGAAUUUCUUGGCUUCAUCAUUUUUGAGAAUAAGCUGAAACCAACCACUGCUAGCGUGAUCACUGAGCUAAAUCAAGCAGGUAUACAUAAUAUUAUGUGUACUGGUGAUAAUAUUUUGACAGCAGUCAGUGUUGCUCGUGAAUGUGGCUUGAUUGAACAAGGAGAACACUGUUUCAUCCCCCACUUUGUAGAAGAUCCCAAUUUUGAUGGAAAGCCUUUCCUUCAAUGGGUGUCUAUUGAUAACCCAACACUUGAGCUUGAUGGAAACACUCUGAUGCCAUUAUGUAUGUCAGCCAUCGUAGAUUUGGCUGUACCUGACAAUAAUUACAACAUGCGCAAGUACUCAGUUGCUGUCAGUGGUGAUGUGUUCAGAUGGAUAGUGGAUUUUGGUAACGAGAAUGUUUUGAGAAGGAUGCUUGUGUGUGGGAAAGUUUUUGCCAGAAUGUCACCUGAUGAAAAGCACGAACUCGUUCAGAAGCUUCAGUCUCUGGACUACUGCUGUGGAUUUUGCGGAGAUGGCGCAAACGACUGUGGCGCGUUGAAGGCCGCAGAUGUUGGCAUAUCGCUAUCAGAUGCUGAAGCAUCCGUGGCUGCACCGUUCACAAGCCGGAUAUUCGACAUAUCUUGUGUUCCCACGUUAAUUAAAGAAGGCCGAGCUGCCUUGGUAACAAGUUUCUGUUGUUUCAAGUAUAUGAGCCUUUAUUCAGCAAUUCAAUUCACUUCAGUCAGCUUUUUGUAUACGUCGGCAUCAAAUCUGGGCGAUUUCCAGUUUCUUUUCAUCGAUCUAUUAAUAAUUUUGCCGAUUGCGGUUUUCAUGGGGUGGACUGGCCCUUGUCCUAUGCUUUCUAGGAAACGUCCGACUGCCAACCUUGUCUCACGCAAGGUGCUAGUUCCAUUACUUGGGCAAAUUGCGAUUUGUGUUCUGGUACAAUUUACUACCUACAAGACUGUUCAACUACAGCCAUGGUACAAGCCUCCUCGCAUAGAUCUAGAGAAUGCCAAUAUCGAAAAUUCCGACAACACCAGCUUGUUCUUAACCUCCUGCUUUCAAUAUGUGUUUAUGAGCCUUGUUCUCAGCGUGGGACCGCCAUUUCGUACUUCAGUGGCAUCUAACAUGCCUCUCCUUUGUACGAUAAUAAUGGACCUGGCCUUCAUAAGCUAUAUGCUAUUUGAACCCUCCAGGUGGCUGGCCGAUGUCAUGCAGCUAACUUUUUUGUCUGGGCAUUUCAAAUUUUGGCUAUUUGUACUCGCAAUUGGCGGUUUUCUGUUUUCCUGGGUAGCAGAGCGCAAACUCUUUCCGAGUUUAUCUCGACUGCUGGGGCGCUCAUAUACCCUCUUUCGGCCAAAUUACCGCAAACAGCGUCGCCAAUAUAAGGUGCUGCUCGACGAUAUGUGGAGGUAAGGAAGUGACGUCUCAAAGAGGGCAGGUUGUCAAUGGCAUGUGUACAAAUACGACACUCGUGUAAAGGAAAGCGCGCAAUGCUUCUAUGCUGAUGUCAUAUACAUUGAGUAUAUUUACUGGCCUUUUCGUGGCAAGUUAUAAAGAAGAAAAAUAAAUUGAUAAAAUGCGG